AACCAGUUUGACUAUCAUGUUCCGAACCACAAACUCAGAGAGACCAAAAUGGCUAAUUACAUCAUCCUGGCGGCGCUUCUAGCUCUAGCCACGUCCCACGACUGCGCCGCCAUCUCCGCCGCAUCGCCGCCGAAAAAACCCAAUCCCACGACUCCUCCUCCUCCGGCUCUCUCCGCCGCGGAAAAGGAAUUCCUGGAGGCCCACAACGAGGCGAGAGCCGCCGUGGGAGUGGCGGCGCUCAGAUGGAGCCAAGCCCUGGCCACGGCGGUGAGCCGGGUCGCUAGGUACCAGCGGAACCAGAAGAGGUGCGAGUUCGCGAGCCUUAACCCGGGAAAGUACGGAGCGAACCAGCUAUGGGCGAAGGGCAUGGACGUGGCGCCACGUCUGGCCGUGGAGACGUGGGUGAAGGAGAAGCAGUUCUACGACUAUCGAACCAACACGUGCGGUGGCAACCAUAGUUGCGGUGUGUACAAGCAGGUGGUGUGGAGAAAUUCCAAGGAGCUCGGCUGUGCUCAGGCCACGUGUCCCAACGACUCGACCAUCCUCACCAUUUGUUUCUAUAACCCUCCCGGUAAUAUCGUCGGUCAAAAACCCUACUAGCAUCCCUUAGUUUUUGUUGUGUAUUUAUAAACUUGGGAAUUGAGUUUAUGGGUUCCUCCUCAUAUAUAUAUAUAUAUGUUCUUUGAUCAAUA